UCCAAACAAAGAGAGAACGGAGAAAAGAAACUCUCACGGCCCCCUAACCCCACCUCUCCAUUCCAAGAUUUCAGAGAUCUGUGAAAAGUUUUCAGCUCAGAAUAUCCGAUGGAAGAGAACCAGCAGGGCUCUUUCCGCCCCUACACGGAAACCCUAACCCUAAAUUCCGGUUUCUUGAGCCCGUCUUUCUGGAUGAAAGAUUCAGAGAAGGUGUCUUCUCCCGUAGUUGAAGCGGAUCCGGCGAUGGGGGUCUCCGACGAGGAUUCCUUUGAUUCGAUGAUCUUGAUUUCUGGGUCAAGGCUAGUUCAGUCUGGCCUCAAGGAGACGGAUUGCCGAGAUGAUUUUGUCAUGUUUGUGAAUGCUGGUGGUCCUGCAAUACAAGGACGAGAUUCCCGCAUAAAUUUUGAGGGUGACUCUUAUUUUCAAGGAGGAGAUGUAAUAGAAACCAAUGAGGCAAUAGUUGAAGGUGGUGAUUACCCAUUAAUGUAUCAGUCCGCACGCUAUGGAAAUUUCUGCUACAAGUUUGAUGGUCUUGCACCUGGAGAAUACUUUGUAGAUCUGCACUUUGCAGAAAUAGUUAACACAUAUGGGCCUAAAGGAAUUAGGGUGUUUGAUGUUUCCGUGCAAGAAGAGAAGAUACUGUCUGAACUCGAUAUAUAUGCUGUCGUUGGAGCUAAUAAGCCUUUGCAGCUAAUUGAUGUCAGAGUCCUCGUGUUGGAUAAUGGAGUUAUUGUUAUAAGAUUCGAAGGAAUUAGUGGGACUCCGACUGUUUGUGGGAUUUGCAUUAGAAAAGCACCCAGAUUGUCAGCACCUUUGGUGAAAGCUGAGCAUCUGAUUUGUAACAAAUGUGCUACUGAGAUUGAAGUUUCUCCGACUCAGACCAGAGCUCGAGGUAAAUUUAUUGCCAAGUAUGAGAAGAAAAUACAAGAGCUGACUAGUCAAUGCAAAUUGAAAUCUGACGAAUGCUAUGAAGCUUGGAUGUCUCUAACAGCUACAAAUGAACAGCUAGAAAGGCUUAAAAUGGAGCUUGACAAUAAGCUCUUCCAAACAGAAACUCUGGAACAAGCUGUUCAAAAACAAACGGACAAAUUGAAAGAUGUUUCUGAAAGGUACGAACAUGAUAAGAAGUCAUGGUUUGCUGCUAUCUCUAAUUUGGAAGAAAAAAUUAAGGCAAUAAAACAAGAGCAAUCCCAACUUUCUCUUGAUGCACAUGAAUGUGCCAACUCAAUUCCUGACUUGAAUAAGAUGAUCAUUGCUGUUCAGACCUUAGUUACACAGUGUGAAGAUCUUAAAAUAAAGUACAGUGAAGAGAUAGCCAAGAGAAAGAAAUUAUAUAAUCAAGUUCAAGAUGCAAAAGGGAACAUCAGAGUGUAUUGUAGGUGUCGUCCUUUAACUAAGGGGGAGGUUUCAUCUGGUUGCACAACCAUAGUGGACUUUGAUGCAGCAAAGGAGGGUGAUAUUGGGAUCAUGACUAGUGGAUCUACCAAAAAGACAUUUAAAUUUGACAGAGUUUAUACACCAAAGAAUGGUCAAGCUGAUGUUUAUGCGGAUGCAUCACCAUUGGUUACAUCAGUCUUGGAUGGCUACAAUGUGUGCAUAUUUGCAUAUGGGCAGACUGGAACAGGAAAGACAUUUACAAUGGAGGGUACUGAGCAGAACAGAGGAGUGAAUUAUAGAACUUUGGAAGAGUUAUUUGAAAUUGCUGCAGCGAGGAAGGAGACAUUUACCUACAAAAUAUCAGUCAGUGUUCUUGAGGUGUACAAUGAGCAGAUCAGAGACUUGCUGGCAACAUCCCAAUCAACAAAGAAGCUGGAGGUAAGACAGGCAGCUGAAGGAUUUCAUCAUGUGCCAGGAAUAGUGGAGGCCCAAGUAGAGAACAUAAAGGAAGUUUGGGAUGUAUUGCAAGCUGGAAGUAAUGCCAGAGCUGUUGGAUCAAACAAUGUAAAUGAGCAUAGUAGUCGAUCCCACUGCAUGCUUUGUGUAACGGUGAAAGCAAAAAAUCUAAUGAAUGGGGAGUCCACAAAAAGCAAGCUUUGGCUCAUAGAUUUGGCAGGAAGUGAGAGGCUUGCGAAAACAGAUGUGCAGGGCGAGAGGCUUAAGGAAGCUCAGAACAUUAAUAGAUCACUUUCAGCUCUUGGAGAUGUCAUGUCUGCUCUUGCAGCCAAAAGCAGCCACAUCCCAUACAGGAAUUCCAAGCUGACUCAUUUGCUGCAAGAUUCAUUAGGAGGUGACUCGAAAGCUUUAAUGUUUGUGCAGAUCAGCCCCUCUGAUAAUGACUUGGGUGAAACUCUGAGUUCAUUGAACUUUGCGAGUCGAGUCAGAAAUAUAGAGUUGGGUCCUGCAAGGAAGCAGGUUGACACAGGCGAGCUUCAAAAGAUUAAACAGAUGCUUGAUAAAGUAAGACAAGAAUCCAGAAGUAAGGACGAGUCCUUGCGGAAGAUAGAAGAAAGUUGCCAAAACUUAGAGAAUAAAAUCAGAGGAAAAGAACAGCUCUGCAGAAAUUUGCAGGAAAAGAACAAAGAACUUGAAGGCCAACUUGACUCAAAGAUGGAGUUACAAAGCUUAUCAGAAAAACAAUAUGGGCAACUUUCAGAAAAAUUAAAGGUGAAGGAAGAAGCAUGUAUCUCCCUUCAGCAAAAGGUAAAAGAGUUGGAAUACAAACUGAAAGAUCAACAAUACUCCGAGUCUAUGAUUCUUCAACAAAAGGUUAAAGAGCUGGAAUGCGAGCUUAAAGAACAACUAUAUUCUGAAUCAGUAGCUGUAGAAAAGGUUAAGGAACUAGAGUACAAGCUAAAAGAGAGACUGCAAUCAGAGAUGAUACUUGAACAAAAGGUCAAGGAUCUUGAAAACAAGCUAAGAGAAGAGAGAUCUCAGUCAAACUCCAUGUUACUGUUGAACUCUGCUGAUGCUUUACGAAUUGCAACACCAACUGAGGGAAGAACAUUUUCAAGGGAUGAAUCCAUGAGUGAAACGGACCCUCAGAUUCUAAGGAGCUCAAACUCUAUUAACAAGCCAAGUCAGGGUUCUAUUUUGCAACGAGGGGCUGAGUGUCUUCACGAGAUGAAACGGAAAAGAGAACUCAGAAAUGCAAUGGUUGGGGAACUUGAGAACAACAAUGCAGGACCAACAACCCUUGUAGGUAAAAGGAUACGACCAAGUGAAUUGGGCAAGGUUGGGAAAAUAGAUCCAGCAAAGGCAUUUGGAAGGCUCAGUAGGACGACAAAGGUGGCUGCUACUCAAAAGGUGUUUACUCAUAGCAGAAAUAACAAGGAGCAGCAGUCCGGUGUAAUGAGGGAGAAAGACAGGAUAAAAGUUUGGACCAGUUAGUUAUGGAGGAGUUAGAUAACAUGUAUGCCUCCUCUUCCAUAGCACUUCACUAAUUGGUGAAGUUUAAAUUUGAGAUUUAAAUUGUUUGGACUUGUGUUGUAUAUUGGAAGUAUCACUACCAAAAAUACUGAGAUAAAUUUCUUUUUUAAAAAGACAAACCUGUCCAUGCUAAAAGCUUGGUAUAAUAUAAAUUUGAGAUGCAUUUUGACAA